UUGACUUGUGAGUUUGCCGGUCAUCCCCCUCCAUUGGGUGGUCUACACUGGAGCCUUAUCAAGAAUUCUUCCAUUCAUCCGAAUGGAGAUUUUCCCAUCAACGAGGCUUCUGGCCUAAAUUCACUUGGGGUGGGUGUGAUUAAGCAAGAGGUUGCUUUGACGCCGCGUCGAAUGGCCAAUCUGGGAAUCAGAAUACGUGGUGGCCAGGACUAUUGGACCAGGGUUCUACUUGAGCGGUUCGAUGGUGAUGGCAGUCAGGAAGGAGUCUACAAGUGUAUUGCAAGGGAUCGGAAUGGUCGUUUGAUAAAAUCGGAUGAGAUCCGAGUGGAGCGUAAGUUCUUACUUCACUUACACUGCUCUGACGCAAAUACAUUUAUAUGCGUGUUAGACUUGGCUGAUGUGCUUGAGUAUGGCUUAUCUGCAUUGAUGAUUGUGUAUUAUCAACUGGUAUUCUUCCCUUUGGUAGAUAAUUACUUCAACUACUUGCUGCCAGGAGCAGCUUACACGAUACAAUUUGAGAGCUUGUCGAAUGGCCACAGUAUUAGUCCCUCGACGUUGGCGGAGAAGAAUCGAAGGACGGAGCGAGGUUUCGAGCUUGAGGGACUAUCGAUGCGUGCAGAAGAAGUGCGCGCUCGUUGUUUGGCCAAGAACGGCAGCGCUAUUUAUCACUCGCCUGACUUCGGCUUCCUACUCCAUCCUGUUGCUGGGGCACUGGUCAAACGGCCAGACAUUGAGCCGGGUGGAAAGGAGCGAAUUUCUGGAGGUGAGUCCCCUCUUAAGUACUCACAAUUUUCAAACUGA